AUGGAGUUACAAGCGAUCAAACAUAAUCGCCUAUUGACCAAGAAUCCUCUACUCAUCAGUAAAGAUUCAAAGUAUAUCUUUUGCUAUUGUCGCAAUAUUAUUCAAAUCUUUAGCAGUAAUACCGGUCAAGCUAUUAGAACAUUAGUAGGACACCGCAAUACUAUAACCCAUUGCCUAUUAAAUCCUCACAAUUUCCUGCAGCUGAUUUCUUGUUCACUGGAUGGACAAGUAAUAUAUUGGGACUAUGAUGCUGGUACUCAACUCAAGGUAUUUAACGCUGAUUGUCCAAUUUGGAGAGUAAUACCAUUGCCCGGCGAUGAAUCAGCUGCUAUUGUAAUUAAAUCCUCUAAAAAAUCGACAUCGACUAAGAAAGAUGGCCUAGCCCACGUCAUACGUGCAAAGUUGUCUUUAGAAGAUAAAAAAAUUGCCUACGUAGGAAAUACACUAUUUUCCGUAAAACCAAACACUAAAUACUGUCAACUUUCACCUGACGGGGGUUAUAUUGCGUCUAUAGCCAAAAAAUCAUUACGCAUUUACGAUAUCAAGACUGGUAAAUUGUCAAAAUUUACUAGACGAGUUCGUCUUACAUGCUUAACUAUUCAUCCAUUAGAAGAUUGCAUAGCCACAGGAGAUGGUCAAGGCAAAAUUAUAUUAUGGCGUCGUUAUCGAAUAAUGAAUGAAGAACCGAUACAACUAGAAUUGCACUGGCAUGCUCAUCCAGUCUUAGAUAUCCAAUAUAACAUUGAUGGAUCUUGCUUACUUUCUGGUGGAAGUGAAGGUGUAUUAGUGGUAUGGCAAUUAAGAACAGAAACUAAACAUUUUUUACCACGUCUUGGUAGUUCAAUUGUUCAUAUCAACUCUAGUAGUAACUAUUCUAUUGUUGCUGUCAGCUUGAAAGAUAACGUGAUACAUUUAAUUUCACCAUCGGAGAUGGCAAUUAAACAAUCAAUUCAAGGUCUACACAAAGCUUGUGAGUUGUACCAGCUAUCUUCUCCAGUACCUACUGGUUUAGUUUAUGAUCCUAGAUCACGUGCAAUAGUUCUUAAUAGUAUUCCUGGAAGCUUACAGUUUUAUGAUAUUCAUAGUCAUAAAACUACCAAAGUAAUGGAUGUUGUUGGUCAAAACUAUGUAGUAAGCCAUAGCAACAAGUCAACUAGCCUUACAGAUGUCACUCAUGUUGCAUUCCAUCCAAGUGGAAAUUGGCUCGCAACUGUAAUGAACGUUAUUUCUAUGAUUGAAAGCCGUAACAACAAAGAUUCCGUUGCUGAAAUGAAAUUAAAAUUUUGGGAAUUUUCAGAAGUUACUCAAAGUUAUACCCUAAAUACCACUGUGGAACCUCCUCAUAGUAAAUUUGUUACGGCAAUUGUAUUCAGACCAGAGAAUGAUACCUCAACUAUAACAGAUCCGUUACCUAUGCUUGUUACUACGGAUUCUGGCGGCUACAUAAAGACAUGGUUACUAGAUUUAAAAUGCGAUAGUAUUCGUGAUGAUAAGCCAAGUUGGACGUGCUACUCCGUAAGUCACUAUCGUGACUCACCAGCAACGACUGCAGAUUUCUCACAUGAUUCAUCAUUAUUGGGAGUUGCUUAUGAUGAGAUCGUAACUUUAUGGGAUCCAAGCAAAAAUGAGAUUCAGAAAACACUAUCUCACUUGAUAAAAUCUGAAAAUGUUCGGCAUAUGGCUUUUGGUCGUAAAAGUUGUUCUCAUCUCUUAACAACAACCACUAAUAGGCUCUUAUACGUUUGGAAUCUAUUAUCAUGCACAACUCUGUACGUUUUUUCCCCGGAUGAGAGUAAAUCAAUAGCGGUUUUGAGAGAUUUUAGCAAUCAACAAAUUAUUAGUGCUAUGUUUGUGCCGGUAUCGCAAGCACAUAAUAUACCAUCGGACUCUUGGUUAUUCAACCAACGUUACUAUUUUAUUACAAACUCCCAGGACUUAUAUUCUUUGGAGCCAGAAGAUCGACAAGAUGAUAUCCACGACGAGAGUACAACAAAUACAGGAAUAUCUGAAGAAUCUCCAUUUGUACGUAUUUUUGGAGAAUUUGAAGAUACACUUCCAAUGAACGAUCGAAGUCAGGCAUCUGAUUUAACCUAUAGAGCUCGAUACUCUAAAAAUGUGCGAGAGGUUUUUAUUGGGGCGUCCCAUGUUCUGCCUUCGAUGACUACAAUAUGUGCUCAAUUUGUGAAAUCGUCCCUUGAAGCUACUGCGAUUGCUGACUUGCCGGAUGGCCAAGAAAAUGGAAAUGAUUAUAGCGAUUCUGAAAGCGAAAUUGAUUCAGCGAAUUCAGACGAAGAAAUUGUAAUAAAACCUCAAAAUGACGAAAGAAUGCAUCAGUUGCAACCGAUGGAGAUCGAUCGUAACUUGGACAACACAGAAAUGAAUUUUGAUUGGAUGGAUGAACUCGUUAAUAAAUUCCAGUGUAACUGA